CUGUUACGUGUUAAGCAGCACUAGUCGAUACAUAAGGGCAUUGGGACUGAGAACAAAGGCCUGACUUGACAAAUGACAUUUGUCAUAUGUGUUAAUCAUUCAAGGUAAUUGUGCCGGUACUAUACGGAUGACUCGAAUUCGCAAGUAACCAACUCCUAGUUACUUGGUCGCCUGAUGUCACAGGAAGACACGCAUAUAAUUCCACAAAAACCCAAUAUAGGACACAAAAGCCUAUUCAAAUAGCAAGAUUCGAAUCUGAAAAGCAUUCUUAUAUCAUGGAGGAGGUUUGCGAAGAACGCGUAUUCGUCGAACGCGAAUUAACGGCAAUAGAGCUAUUUCUUCCUAAAAUUCAAUAUGAAUAUCUCGAUCAUACGGCUGAUGUGCAACUUCACGCGUGGGGACCCGACCUCAAAAAAUGUUUUGAACAGGUGGCUAUCGCGAUGUUCGGCUACAUGACCGAAAUUGAAAAGGUUGAGCUGCUUGGCCACAUGGAUCUUACGGUGUCUGGAACAGAUAUGGAAAAUCUUCUUUUUAAUUACCUUGACGAGUUCUUAUAUUCGUUUUCAACUGAACCCAAUUUUAUUGCACGUAAAGUAGAAAUUAUCCUCUUUGAUAAGGCAAACUUCACAAUAAGAUGUCGAGCAUAUGGGGAGCGUUUCGAUCUUGCAAAACAUCCCCAGGGCACGGAAGUGAAGGCAAUUACGUACUCCAAUAUGCAGGUGUGGGACAAACCUGAUCACCAUGAAGUGUUCGUUAUUAUUGACAUCUAAGUCCGAAAAUUAAUGUACUUUUUUAGAAACUGCGCUGAUAUAAAGGUUAGCUAUGUGCGAUUCAACAACGGUUUCAUGGAUGUAUGUAUCUUCAUUGUUUGAGACGCAUUCGUAAACUAAUGUUUGCCAUAAAAUGCAAAGUACCUGGAUGAAAAGUCUCCCUUAUUGUACCGAAGGCUACAUCGAAUAUAAAGAAGAUGCUAACAGAACCCGUUGAAUUCACUUACUGAUGAAAGUGAUAGAACUCAUUUUUAUUAUGUAAAAUGAAAAUGAGCCUCUUAACUAACUAAAAAAAGUAAGCAUUGUUCAGCCUA